AUGUUUUUAUUAUCCAGCACACUCUGCUCCCUAGGCAAUAGUAUAACGGAACGUUUCCAUUAUCCCGCACACUCUGCCUUCCCAGACAACAGUAUAACGGAAUGUUUUUAUUAUCCAGCACACUCUGCCUCCCUAGACAACAGUAUAACGGAACGUUUCCAUUAUCCCGCACACUCUGCUUCCCCAGACAACAGUAUAACGGAACGUUUCCAUUAUCUCGCACACUCUGCCUUCCCAAACAACUGUAUAACGGAAUGUUUCCAUUAUCCCGCACACUCUGCCUCCCCAGACAACAGAUUAACGGAACGUUUCCAUUAUCCCGCACACUCUGCCUUCCCAGACAACAGUAUAACGGAGCGUUCCCAUUAUCCCGCACACUCUGCCACCCCAGAAAACAGUAAACGGAACGUUUCCAUUAUCCCACACACUCUGCCUUCCCAGACAACAGUAUAA